CUGAGGGCAUAGCCGCUUUCAGCUGAAUCUGUAGUACACAGGAAGGGUUGUGUGUUGUAGGACUGAAAGAAAAUGCACGCGCAAAAUGUUCGGCAAUUCAGAGUAGUAAACUGAGAAGUCACAUCUUUGUUGUGCGGAUGAAACAGAAUAUUACGACCGGGUCUGAAAAGAAUAUUGCAGCGUUUACUUCGGUUCUGGUGUUAUCUGGAGAAUCGACUCGCGAAGGCCGACUAGCGUAAACAUCCACUAUAUAUACAGAUGUGUAGAGGCACUCUUCCUGAAAAUGACCAUAUUUUAACGUGAAGGCAUCACUUGAUAUGUAUUCAGUACUAAAACGAACUAUGCAUGCGUAUGGCUAUCUAGGAAAAAGAGUCUCACGUGUAUAAGUGAAGCACAUGCAGUCGUUGGCGUUAGUUUUUAUUUACCAUUUUAAAAGAAAAUAUGGACAUCUGAAGGAGCACGCCUGCAGCUCCAGUUUAGGGGGAUCACAACAAACGGCUGUAGACAUCCAUGCUGAAAUCUCAGUGGCAUUUAGUUGUGAAGAUUGGAACAGCCCCAGUCUGAACUUUUCCUUCUGGUUUUGAGGAGCAGCCAUGAAAUCACGUGACACAACUGAAUAAAGGGCCCCAAUGGCUCCUCUGGGCAUGUGCCAAAUGGGAAUUUCAGCUCUGCAACUAACCUCCUCAUUAGUGAUCUCUAGAAAAACUCAGGUUUUUUUAAGAUUUCAAACAUGGGUGACAUGAAAACCCCAGAUUUUGAUGAUCUCUUGGCUGCUUUUGAUAUUCCUGAUGCCACUGGCUUGGAUGCCAAAGAGGCUAUUCAGUCAAGCAGUGAUGAAGUGGAAGGGCACAUAAAGCCAGCAGGGAUGUGUGUGGAUGAAAACAUUGUUACAGCCCCUGAUGUCCCAGUUGUCAGUGUAAUUGUGAAGAACACAAGCCGCCAGGACUCUCUAGAAUCUUGCCCUGAGAAAGACAGCAGUCAUUUUGGACAAAAUAUAUUACAAAAUGGUUUUCAGAGCCCGGAUCACAUCCCUGACUGUCAAAAUGCCACACAGACUACCUAUGAUCCUGCUUUCAUGAAUGGAAGUAGUUCAAGUAGCCUUCCUGAAAGAAAUGCUGUUCAGCAUACUGACACAAUGCCGUCUUUCUCUCAGUUCAGCCCUAUUUCCAGUCCAGAGCCAGAGGACUCUGAAAUUAGUAAUGCAGUUGUACACAAACCUGCAGACUUUCCUGCUCCUUCAUUAUUUGAUACUUCACAAUGCUCUGUGUUAGACAAUCAGAAAAACAUACCUGACUUCAAUAUGUUUGAUCAGUGCUACAUGAAUGAUGCUAAAAGCGAGAGUGCAAACAUUCCUGAUAAAGACUGUGAAAUACACUGGGAUGAACCAGUAACAGUUGAAGACAGAAAAAGAGAUACUGUCAAGCAGCAUGCAAAAAAAAAAUACUUUCAUGGCAUGGAUUUGCUUCCUUUGAAUAAUGUGGAUAGUGAUUUAGAUGAGCCAGUGAAAGUUAUUGACUCUAAUCCAAAUCUUUCAUUAUUAGCUCCAUCUCGCCAUCAUAUUAAAUCUGAAAAUUCAAAGUUUUCAUCUUGCUUAGCUGCUCUAGCAGCACUCAAUUCUAAAGAGGUUGACACAGUAAUGGAUGAACCACCAUUAAUAACAAGAGAAGUGUCUAUGUCAUUGAAAGAAGUUAAAAUCAGCCCUAAAAUUUCCAAGUCACCAAAAAGUCCAAGAAGCCCAUUGGAAGUAGUGAAAAGAUGUGCUACAAAGCAGCCAGAUAGUCCUGUGAGUAUUUGUAGUGAAAGCAGUAGCAAACUUUCUCCAUCGGUCAAUGCAGGCUCUCCUCCAGCCAUUCCCAAAGUCAGAAUAAAAACAAUAAAGACCUCCUCCGGGCAAAUUAAGAGAACUGUAACAAGUGUGCUGCCAGAUUCAGAGCAAGAGGAUCUGCAGUCUCCACCAGAAUCUUCACCAUUACAAUACCCAGCUCUUGAGUAUUCAGCAUUAAAUGUCACCCCUUCUUCAUCACCCUCUCUUAGCAGUCAUGAGAAUACAAGUCACAGUGAAAAAAUUAAAACACCUGAAAAAAAUACCUCCACAUUUGUUAUUCCAUCUAAUGAAAACCAAAAAUUAAGUAACAGGAAACAAGAAAGGUGUGAAAAGACUCCAGAAGCAACCACUGCAUCUUUACUCUGUAACGGGAAUAGUAGUACCACUGUGAGUUCUCCAAAUGUAGUCCAGAAAAAUCAGAUGUCUUCAACUCUUUCAACUGCAAACCUCCUUCCAAAAGCUGUUCAUUUGGCAAACCUUAAUCUGGUACCCCACAGUGUUGCUGCUUCAGUUACAGCAAGGUCGGCUGCCCAGAGACAAAACCAGACACAGUUAACAACACAGAUUGUGUGUAGUACUGUUCCACUGGUACACCAGGUUAAAAAAGCUGCUUCUACACCAGUCCCAACAUUUCCCAAUGCUGUAGUUGUAGCUUUAAAUAAACUUUUAAAUAGUGCCAAUCCUGUUCCAUUAUAUGUACCUAAUCUAAACCCACCGGCAGAAUGCAACAUUCAUUUGCCCACACGUGGCUACCGUUGCCUGGAGUGUGGGGAUUCUUUUGGACUUGAGAAAAGUCUUGCACAGCAUUAUGGUAGGAGGAGCAUGCACAUUGAAGUAGCAUGCAACCACUGUGCCAAGACACUUUUGUUUUACAACAAGUGUAGUUUACUUGCCCAUGCUAGAGAACACAAAACUAAAGGUAUUGUUAUGCAGUGCUCACAGCUAUUUAUGAAACCCAUUCCACCUGAGAAAAUGUUUGCCUCUACUUCUGCAUUUUCUUCUGUAGCCUCUGCUCUACAGGUUACACCUAUUACCUCAAAUUCAUCAGUGCCAGAGACUGUAGCAAACACCGAACCAGUUAUGCCUUUGUAUCCAGAAAAGGUGACUCAGCGUGGAUUUAAAUGUCUUGAUUGUAAUAAACAAGCCCCUGACUAUCCUGCACUUGCAAGCCACUAUCAGCAACCUGGACAAUCUGGCUGGAAGACCUGCAGUGAGUGUUUGAUGAUGCUGCCUAAUAAAUGCAGCUAUGCUGCUCAUCAAAGAAUCCACUCUCGCAAGCCUCCUUAUUGCUGCCCUGAAUGUGGUUCUGUAUGUCGGCCGUCAGAUUUCCAGAGUCAUCUCAAAAAAAAUUGUCUUCACUAUGCACGCAAGAUCGCAUAUAAGUGUCUUCACUGUGAUAGUGUGUUCAUGUAUUUUCAUCAACUUAAAAGUCACACAGAACAAAAACAUUGUGAAAUUCUACACAAGUGUUCUGUUUGCACAAUGGCCUAUAGAUCAGCAGAAGGUGUAAUCUCACACAUUCAAAAAAAACAUGCAACAACCAAUGCAUCCACACAGUUGAUCUAUAGGUGCUCCUGUGAGAUCAUGUUUAACAACAAGAAGUCAUUAUUUCAGCACAUCAGUAAACAGAUAAUCUGUGUGUUCAAAUGCCCUGAAUGUCAACUUGCAUUUAUGCAAAAGAUGUUGUUGAUGCAACAUUUCAAGAGUGUACAUGCUGCUCCACAAACAAGAGAGGUACCUGAAACGCAAAGAAAUAAUGUAAAUCUAUCAUCUGAUCAUAAGUUACUCUUUAGUACUAUCAGACGGCUUAAUAGCACAGACAACUUGAAAGAUACACCUGUGCCGAAAUCAGAAUCCAAUUUUAAAAAGGCAGGCUGGAGCUGUGCAUUGUGUUCGCAGAUACUUCCAGAUAGAGAGGCUUAUGUAUCUCAUAUGAAGAAAAGUCAUGGAAAGUCAGUGAAGAGAUACCCAUGCCGACAUUGUGAGAGAUCAUUUAGUUCUUCAACCAGUUUAAAAAGACACACUCGCAAUGAUCAUAAUGGAAAGAAAGUGUACACUUGCUGGUAUUGCACAGAUGAAAAGAUUACUUUUUCAAAGCAUUUUAUGUUGAAGAAUCACAUCAGCCUCAUUCAUGGCAUUAAAAAUCCAGAUUUCAGCCAGAUGUCAAGAGACUUGCAACAAGAGAAUAAGAAUGACAUGUGUUCUUCUGAGUUGCCUGUAAAAAGGACAGCAGAUGACGCCGACACUGAAGGCAGUAAGAAUAACACUUCUGCUGUGUCUCCCCCAAAGAAACUGAAAACAGAAUAUAAGUGUGCAAAAUGUGGCUUCUCCACAGAGAAUACAACUGAAUUUCAAGCACAUAUACCUCAACAUAAGUCAGAUUCUCCCACCUUUCAGUGCCUACACUGUUGCCUGUGCUAUACAUCUCACAUCUCUCUCAAUAGACAUCUCUUCAUAGUUCAUAAAAUUAAAGACCCUGAAAAGGAAGACUUGCAAUUUGAUGUUUGCAAGAAAAACAUAGAAAUUUCCCAUCUGCAACGAAAGAGCAUUAUUAAUACAGAAAAUGAAGAAACAAAGAUACAGUGCAACUUCUGCAGUGAAAUCUUUAAAAAGCAGUCAGAGUACAGUUUUCAUUUAAAGUCUCAUAGAAUGGAUAACUUAAAUGAAGAGAGAGUUGAUAUUAAUCAAUAAGUAAAAGGCUCAUAUUUCUAGUAUGCAGCUUUAAGUUGGGAGAAUUGAAUGUUUUGUUAUUGUUUGUGAACUUACUGAAUAUAAAAUUGAGGUGGGAUCAGAUAAAGUCACAUUUCUUCAAAAUAAAGAUUGUUUUUCUUCUUUCUCCACUACACUUGUUAACUUUUAUCUAAAUAACUAGAACACCAGAUGCCUGUACUUCUGAAAUGAUUUCUGACUGAAAAAGGGACAAGAGAUGCCUAACUAUUUAGGAAUUAUGUUCUGUUUUUAAACGCACAAAUUUUGUUUUUGUUUUUUGUUUAUUUUCCAAGUGUUCCAAAAUGUUUUUUAAUUGUAUUUUUCUCAGAAAUCCUGCCAUUCCCAACAAAUAUUCAUCGGUUGCUGUUGCUUUACAUUUCCAAUACAUUGUUUUGCCUUUCCUGAAAGGUACAUUUAUGAUUAGGUUCACUAACAUUUAUUAUUCCUUCAUUAAAUAUAUUUCAGUUUGCUUGGUUUAGUACACUAAAAACUUUUAGAAAUGAAGUGUGGUUAGAGUGGAGAUCAUUUCCACUGAGUCAUGAGCUGAGCUGGAUUACAAUGUGAUGCUCUGCUGCAUGCUUCAUAUCAUCCCCUUCAUGGAGAAGAUAAAUUUUACCUUCUGUUUUUAAUAUCUGUGUCUGAGAAUGAUUUCUGAAAGACACUCUUGUUAUCUGCAGAAAAUACUUUUCACAUUGCAAAUAAUUUACCUCAUCUAUGUGUCCUCUUCUCUGUGGUUCACCAGGAUUUUUCAUCAACCGUGCUGAUAUAUCUGACCUAAGCAGCAAUUCCUCCCCGGCCUAGCAAUUGGCUCAUCUCUAUAUUGCUAAAUUGUUUCUCUUUUUUACUGGGGUGACAUUUUUAUGAAUUAUACCUGCACAAAUCUAUUCUACACGUAAAUGUAAAAAUACAGAAUUUCUUGUUACAUCCAUUAAUUUGGAGCUCACUUCUUUUAAUGGUACAUAUGUUAGAUAUAAAUGAUUUAUUUCUGAAAUGUCUGUAUGUCUCACUUGGUUUUACUUUGAAUCACUUGACCUUUUCUUCUUUACAAGAGUUCUAGACAAAAAUAGUUUAGCUUCCAGCAUUUAAGAUGGUCUAUUUGACUUGUUUUAUUUUCUUAAAUAUUUUAAGUACAGCUGCUUUCGUUAAUGUCUUCACCUGAUGGGAUACCUGUAUCUGAAAUAAUGCCCAUUGACCAAUGCCAGAAGCAUAAUCAAGUGCUUUUAAAUCAAUAUGUAUGUAAGCGUAUGUAAUUCUUAUUUCCAUACAGAUGUGCUUUUUUAUUUUUUUUGUGAAUGCAGGUAAAAGAGACUGCUGCUUCUAUUUAAAGAUAUAUCUCCCAUAUUACUCAAUUUUAUAAAUUACUUUGGAGAUUUAUUAAUUAUAGUCAUAUUGACUCUUGUGUAUUUUUAUUUAAGUAUACAUCAUCACUGCAUUGCUUUAUGUAUGUACUCCUAUUUUAUGCAGGAAUCUAGCUUUGUUAUAUUUGCUGAAGAUGUUAAUUUAACAUAUUUAUCUCCCAUGCAUAUUAAUACCAACUUUCACUGUUUUUGAUACAAAAUAUACACAAAAUUUGUACUUUUUGAUAAUGUGUAGUGUAGUAUACAGUACAAUUUAAAAAUUAGCUUUUAUAGGUAGCAGGUGAAUACACAUGCUUAUCAGGGAUCUUCCCCAAACCUUUGAAUUUCUGUUCAGUCUGCAGUGGCUACUGAGCCAUGCUGUUGCAUUUACUUACCUUUAUUGCAAAUAAAAUGUGUAUGUUAA